AUAGCCUUCGCCUUCGCCUUCUUCGCCGUCUCUCCGGCACAAAGUCGAUUCUCUCGUUCCUCUUCUCGCAACCGCAUUUGCACGAUCGUGGCCAACCAAGAGAUCGCCCUCUCUCCUCCUUUUGAGAGAAGAGAGGCCGGACACUGCGGCGUUGGACAUCAGCGGCGAAACACGAAGGCAAAUCCAGGGCGGAGUCUGAAACCGGACGGACGAUGGUUAUGGGGAUUAAGCGUUCCCUCUUCGCGGCUGCCGAGGCGAUGUAUGCGCGGGCGACUGCUGGAUCCGCGCUAUCCCGCCCUUUUUUUCCUUCUUGUCGGAAUUUCCACGAAUCUGGGCGCAGGGACUAUUGUCGCCGCCAGGACUACUCCACGGGAGCGGCCGCGGUGAUGGAGGUAGAAGACGGAGUCCCGGGAGGUCUGAGGUGGCUCCCUGGCCACUGCGGUUGGGACUUGACGGGAUCACUUGAGUACCUUGAGUACCGGAGGUCUUUGUACGGGGAGAUCACGCAUAAGGCCCUCCUUGUUGAUGCCGUCGGCACUCUCCUUGUUCCUUCCCAGCCCAUGGCACAGAUCUACAGGGAGAUUGGAGCAAAAUACGGGGUGAAGUAUUCUGAGGAUGAGAUACUAGAUCGCUAUCGGUGGGCAUAUCAACAACCAUGGGGUAGAUCAAGGCUGAGGUAUGUGAAUGAUGGGAGACCCUUUUGGCAAUUCAUAGUUAGUUCUUCUACUGGAUGUUCUGAUAUGGAGUAUUUUGAAGAGCUAUACAGAUAUUAUACUACAGAGAAGGCUUGGCAUCUCUGUGACCCUGAUGCUGAAACUGUUUUUAAAGCUUUACGAAAGGCUGGAGUUAAAGUAGCUGUAGUCUCAAAUUUUGAUACUCGCUUAAGACCUUUAUUACAGGCUUUGAAGUGUGACCAUUGGUUUGAUGCAGUUGCAGUGUCUGCUGAGGUAGCAGCCGAGAAGCCAAACCCAAUUAUAUUUCUUAAAGCAUGUGAAUUCUUGGGAGUAAAACCUGAGGAUGCUGUUCAUGUGGGUGAUGAUCGCAGGAAUGACAUAUGGGGAGCUAGGGAUGCUGGUUGUGAUGCAUGGCUCUGGAACAGUGACGUUCAUUCUUUCAAGGAGGUUGCUCAGAGAAUUGGGGUUAAAGUUUGACGACGGACUUGAUUUCUCUUGUUCUCCAUGCUAUUAUGUUUAUGCUGUAAAAGUUAUCUGAUUGUAGUAAUAAAAUGUGAGAUGUAUCAGACUAUUUUCUUUUUUAUAUUUCGAGUUAUUCGCAGAUGUGCCUACUUAGGAAUGAACAAAUGUAUCAUUAACGGAUGUCGAGUUGUUGCAGGAUAUUGUUGUUUAGGAAUGCAAUCAGAUUUGUUCUCCCCAA